UCUCUCACUCUGUUCUCUCACUCUCUCUGUUCUCUCACUCUCCUCGACAUCAGCAUGGACUUCCUGCAGAUGAAGCAACACUUGAAGAGGAAGAGGAAAAGUAACUACAGUGUGAAGGAGACCCAGACGCUCAUCCGCGAGAUCCACAAACGCAGGGACAUCCUCUUUUCCCGCCAGCAGAACACUGCCAUUAACGAGCUGAAGCGCCGGGCGUGGGACGAGGUGGCCGACUGUGUCAACGCUCUGGGGGAGGGGGAGCUGCGGACCGCGGCCGAGGUCAAACGCCGUUACCUGGACUGGAGAGCGCUGAUGAAGCGAAAGCAGCUUCGGGCGGAGUCGGCAUCUGGGCUGAAAUCCGAAUAUGAACCUUCGUCUCCGGAUAACGAAGCUUCUCUGAGUGGUGGCGACCAGUCCCUUGACCUCAGUGGCUUUUCCAAAGACUCUGCGUGUGAUUGGCAGGACCUGGCGGACCUGGGCGAGGCCAGCGGUCACCCACACGGUGUGAAAAUGGAGGAGGAUGAAGCGAGUAGAUACAGGUUGGAAGCAGAGGUUGGAGAGGGGGGAGAAGGUGAGGGUGAGGAAGAUGAUGAAGACUGUUUUCCUUCCAUCCUCCCAGAUAUGGACAGAGAGGGGCGAGUUCCUGAAGUUUUCGCCCACAUUGAUGAGUUUGGAGUUCUGAGCUCUUCCAAAGCUGCCUGUCCCAGCCUGGGCAGCAGGGACCUGGGUCUGGGUGGGGCUGGGAUGGGGUCAGGGGGGAUGGGUGUAGGCGUGGGGCUCGGAGCAGCAGGACUGGGCCUCGGUGGAGGUGACAGUACAGCGUUGCUGGUAGCUCUGGAGAAGCAGCGUCUAGAUUUGGAGAAACACCGUCUUCAGGUUGAAUCUGAGAGGCUACAGAUCGAGAAAGAGCGCCUCCUGCUGGAGAAGGAGCGCAUGCGGCAGGUGGAGGUGGAGAGAGAGAGAUUAGCGUUGGAGAAAGAGAAGCUACAACUUGAACGUGAACGACUUCGUCACCUCACAAAUCAGACGGCUGUGCCUCUGCAGCAGGGCCCCACAUCCUCCACCUCAGCCGCCACCACGCCCACCACCUCGGCCCCCUCCUCCUCCUCCUCAUUGGAUGGAGAGAAAGACAGAAAGCCACUCUGGCCAAUGGCAGUGGACCUGGAGGCAGAGAAGUUGAAAUUGGAAAAAGAGCGCCUACUAUUGGAGAAAGAGAGGUUGCAGUUCUUUAAGUUCGAGUCCGGUCGUCUUCAGAUUGAAAAAGAGCGCCUUCAAGUGGAGAAAGAGAGAUUGCAACUGCACAAGGAUGGCCAGCAGAUGGCGCUGCAUCCAGGUCAUUAGCGACAUGAGAUUUCAAAGUGGACAGGAAGAUCAAUGAAAAGGAGAGAUCCCUGUAAAAUCCCAAUAAAACUCCAGACAGAUAAAGAGA